AUGUGUGCUUUUAGUAAACACAGCCCUGUCAAUCUCCAUUGUCAAAGGCAUAAUCCGAUCAGUCCUGCAUAUAGUUGGUAUCCGUCUCUCAUCAUCAUCAUCCUCAACGUCGUCCUCAGCAUCGUCACCCCCCAUCAACAGACUCCACUGAAAUCGCCUCAGAAUCAUUUGAGUUCCAUCUCAGUCCAUCGGCUAGUUGCAUCGAGGAGAUCAGGAGCCGAAUCCCAGCAAUUCGGUUUGACACUGUGUGUAGUUUCAAGCAGCCAGAACAUGAAUGCCCAGUUUGCCUGUCUGAGUUUGAGCCCGAAUCAGAGAUAA